AUGAGCACCAGAGAAGUCGCCCCCGAGAGCGUUGGCCGAGAGAAGGACCGGAUGGUGCAGACGGGUACCCCUGUCUCGUCGGGCCAGACACAGCCCGCGGAGGGGGCGAUGUCCGCACCCGUCGAGGGCCCUCCCCACCAGCCCCACCAGGGGGAGGCCCCCCUCCCCGGCGUCCCCCAGGGCCCCCUGGCGGGACCCCUGGCAGGCCCCAGUGGCACCGCCCUCAUCAACCUGGCCUUCGCCAACGCAGACCUGGUGCAGAGGGCGCUGCCUCUGUCCAGCCAAGUGCCGCCGCAGAUGACCACCAUCACACUGACUCGGGACAUGAGGACGGAGGGGCAGCUGAACCCGGCCGUGCAGAAGCCCAUCAUCGUCACGGUCUCCGGUCUGCCGGGCAUGGUGCCGGUGUCCAAGGCACAGGGCUGCACGGGGGUGGACAACUGUGUGCAGCUGACCCCCAUCUCCAUUGGGGGCCCUGGGGGUGUCGUGUCCCUGGCCACGUCCCAGACGGGCCUUACCCCGAACAAGAUGAUCGGGUGCACGGUGUCUGCGGGCGGCACGCUGACGCCGGUCACCACGACCACCAUGUUGAUGGGCAAGCCCAUCACGGUGAUCCCGGCCUCCCAGGCCACCUUCGGCACCCUCUUCGCCCCCGUCACCACCCUGGCCGGCAACCAAUCCUUUGGCACGGCCGUGCUCACCACGCAGCCACCGCCGCCGCCCAUGUCCUCGGUGGCCACGGCUCUCCUGCCCAACAACGUGGUCACGGUCCCCACCGCAAGCAUUUCUAUGGGGACAGUCUCCCCAGCGGUGUCGACCGUUCCCGUGACCACGGUUGCCAUGACAACAUUUUCUACGGCGCCGGUUUCUAUGACGACGUUUCCCGCGACGACCGUUUCGUCGGCGACAGUCCCCACAGCGAGGGGUGCCGUGCCUGCAGCGUCGAUGGUGGUUGCGUCUACGGUGCCGACGUCUACGGUGCCGGCCCCGCUGGCCACGGUGUCGUCGGUGCCCACGCCCAUUCCCGUGGUGCUGCCGACCUCGGUGGUGACCGUGCAGAAUGCAGUUCCGCAGACGAUGACAAGCGGCACGACGGGCGGGUCCGACGCGGACCCGACGCAGCCCGAUUUCGACCCGAUCCAGGCGAUGGAGUGGAAGGACGGCAUCGCCAGUCUUCCGGGCAGCAACAUCAGGUUCCGACUGGGAGAGUUUGGGGUUCUGGAGGUGGUGACGGAGGACGGCGAGGCGCCUCCUUCGUCGGAGGUGAAGAUAGCUCCCAAGCAGGCGGACCCAGAGAGCCCUCUCAAGUCCUUCGUGGUGCCCCAGUACACAGUGGACGCAGCCAGGAUUGAGGAGCACUCCCCCGCCAAAGUGUCCGGCAACGGAGAGGUGGGCCCCGCAGCCCCCGCGGCAGCCGCGGAGGAGUGCCCUUCUCGGGACCGUCGCUCUCAGGUGAUCAUCUGCUGCCAGUUCUGCAACUGCCACGGGCUGCAGAGCGAGUUUGUCCGGGACGGACACUUCUGCAGCCAGCUGUGCUACGUCAACUUUGCCAGCAGGGAGCGCAUCAAGCGCAAGGAGGAACACUUCAAGCACAAGAAGCGCAAGUUUACGCCCAAUGGGGAGGAUGCCGGGGAAGAGGACCUGCACCAGGAGCAGCAGAUCAUCCGGAGGCUGGCCUCGGCAGACGGUCCCGCCGAGCCCAGGCGCCCCCCCGUGGUCCGUGCUCCCAAGGCCUUCUCCUGGAACGACUACCUGGAGAAGGAGAAGGCCACCGCAGUACCUGCCAAGCUCUUCAGGGAGCACCAGGGGGUCCCCGUGACGCGCAACGGGUUCCGGGCGGGCAUGAAGCUGGAGGCGGUGGACCCCUGCCACCCGUCCCUCUUCUGUGUGGUCACGGUGGCCGAGGUGGUGGGCUUCCGGAUGCGGCUGCACUUCGACGGCUACUCGGACGCCUUCGACUUUUGGGCCAAUGCCGACUCCGCAGACGUGUUCCCAGCCGGCUGGUGCGAGCGCACGGGGCACCGCCUGCAGCCUCCUAAGGGCUACUCGCAGCAGGAGUUCAGCUGGCCCCUGUACCUCAAGGCAUGCAGGGCACAGGCUGCACCCAAGCACCUGUUCUCCAACAGGAGCGUGCAGGCGGUGCCUCUGGGGGUGCGCGUGGGCAUGAAGCUGGAGGCCCACGACCGGAAGGACCCCCAGCUGGUGUGCGUGGCCACCCUGGCCGACGUGGCCCCGGAAUCCGGCCGCUUCCUGGUGCACUUCGACGGCUGGGACAGCGCCUACGACUACUGGGCGGACCCCGGCUCGCCCUGGGUGCACCCCGUGCACUGGGCCAAGGAGCACGGCCACACCCUCACGCCGCCCAGCGGCCACAAGGGCCCCUUCUCGUGGGACAAGUACCUGUCGGAGACAAAAGCCACGGCCGUGCCGGGGCGCCUGUUCCGGCCGCGGCAGCUGUGCCCCGGCUGGCGGAGGGGGCUGCGCCUGGAGGCGGUGGACCCCCUGAACCCCCGCCUGGUGCGGGUUGCCACGGUUGCUUCCCUACAGCCCCCCCAGGGCCUGCUGCUGCACUGGGACGGCUGGCCUCCGGGGCCUGCCGGGGACUGCUUCGUGGACGAGGACAGCCCGGACAUACACCCCGCCGGCUGGUGCGCCAAGACCGGACACCCCCUGGAGCCGCCGCCCAGCCACCCUGUGGGUGCCAACGCGCUGCCUGGGACGUGUCCCACCCCCGGCUGCACUGGGCUGGGCCAUGUCAAGGGACCCAUGUUUGCAACACACCACAGUGCUUACGGCUGCCCGUACUCCAAGGAGAACCUGGAGCGAGACGGCCCCGUGCCAGACCGGUUACACGGCACGGACCCUGGGCCUGGUGCCAAGGCACCGGACGCGGAGGUCUGCACCGCACCCCCGGCUGACACCAAGGACGGGCUUAGGCGCUGCCCCACGCCGGGCUGCAACGGCAGUGGCCACCUGAACCAGAAGUACUCGGUGCACCACAAGGCGUCGGGGUGCCCCCUGGCGGAGCGCAGUGCCCAGGGGGACGACAGCAGCCAGGACAGCGUGCAGAGCACCGCCGCCCCGCCACAGGCGCCCCGCGGGAGGGGACGCCCCCGCAAAAACAAGGUGCCCCCAACGCCGACCAGCAAUGGACCGCAAAAGGUGUCCAAGGUGGAAGGCUCGGCGGCCACCAACACACUGCACCGGUGCGUGCACCAGUCAGUAUUCUGCACCCCCGGUGGCACCGCCUCCGCCCCGCCCUCCGCCCCUCCCCCCGCCCCUCCCCCCGGCCCCGAGAAGUCCGUGUGUUGGGAGCAGCACUCCCGUCUGCUCUCCCACCUGGACCUGGUGUCAGGAGCCGUGGUGGCCGGGUGGUCCGUGGCGCAGGUGGCCACCUUCAUCGGCUCCCUGCCAGGCUGCCAGGCCACUGCCAAGAUCUUCAGGGACGAGCAAAUCGACGGGGAGGCGUUGCUGCUGCUGGGCCAGGGCGACCUGGUGCGCACGCUGCGGCUCAAGCUGGGGCCUGCCCUCAAGGUCUACUCCUGCAUCCUGCGCUUCAGAGCCACCUCCAGCCCGGACUGACCGGAGGAGGGGGACGCUUCGGGGCCGAGGACUCGCUCCGGUGCCCCACGGGGGGAGGCGCGCUAGACGGGACUUGGGUUUGCCGUAAAUGGGACGGCAGCUAUUUUUUGCUUCCUUCCAGACAGCCAAAUAUGGAAAAGGAACUCUACAUAAUAGAGCGAAAUAAUACUGCCCUUGAUCGUUGAGGAGACGGGGAUAGGGACAGAAACGUCUUGGACGUGGCAGGUCCUUCGUCGGUCUGAUUAGGUGACUGUUUUUUUUCGGCGUGAUACAGAAACGCUCGUCAACAAGUUUUCAUAAAAACACUUACGAAGUGAAAACUAUAUAAAUAUAUCACUGUGGUUCGAUCCCAGACAAUUGAAACGAUAGUAAACCUGAUAUAAAAGUAAAUUUGAAAAGUCGCACACUUAUUUUGAUAGAAUUUUGUGGGCUCAUUUGAUCUACCUGCACCUGUGAAGAAAAGUGCAGGGCAGUAUACUUUCUUCCAGUUGAGUUUUAAGAUAGGCUGCACUCGUUUGAAUACUGCGGUGUGCAGCUGGGGGAGCAGGUAAACCGGAUAGCCAAGUUUAAGCUCAAAAAGCUCGCCCGUGAACAAACCAGAUGCGCGAGUGAUGCAGAGCAAGAAAAGUGCCUCUCACAGGCUGUGUUCUACCACCAGUGCGUCACGCCUGUUGUGCGAAUAAAAACUUUAGCACACCCCCACGUAUACCACGUGCUUCAAAUAUUUCUAGAUUUGACUGGUUUAGAGGUUUUAGGGUGACGCUCAGCAAGUUUCUCAUUAAGACCAUAUGUUUAUUUUCAUUAAAAGGUUAAUUAAUGAGUUUUAGUGAUAAGACUCAUCGUGAGGAUUGUCCCCUUUUAUCAUUUCCUCCAGGCAAUAUAAUGCCUGCACGCGCCGAAUUUUUCUAUCUUUUGUGGCUCUUUUUAAACUAACCUGUCUGAAUUGAAAUCGAACGCCCCGUAUAUGAAUAUUGUGAUCAUAAAUUAAUCCCUAGCUUUAUCGUCGAGAGCACGCCUGAUGCAACUUCCAUCUCUGCCACGAAGGAAUUUUUCCUUCGGGCUCAAUUUCCGUGUUUAGUGUCAAAGUUAGGACUGUGUUUCCGUUCUAAAUAACAUUUCCUGUUUGGCUGUUACGGGGGAAAUAAACGCGUUUGUUGCUUUAUUUAAGCAGUCCAAGUCCCGUUUGGUGCACCUUUACAUUUACGCUCUCCGGUGCAAGUGUGGUGCGGGGUGCAGCACCGUACGAAAACUGGACGGAGCUUGCGCCGUGGAUGCUUCGCUUCGGAACAGCAAGGACACUUUGUUACGUGCCCGGCUCUCCGUGUGUGCAUCUCAACGGCAACGACGGUGGCUCGACGCCUCCGCAUGCGGUGUGCUUUAAACAAGGAGGCUUUCCCGGGUUCAAGCAAUGGAACCUGUGAAAGGACUGUCAACUACAGCAAACUGUUUUCACAAUGUCUGUGCUUUUCAACGAGUGUUGUUUGCAGUGAGAAUAUACUAACUUUCUUUUCUCGAA